CCUUGAAAAAAUAAGCAUUGAGAUUUGAGAGGAGCAGGAUGGGAUCCGAAAGAGGGUCUCCAUUUUAUGUGGUUGACUUGAGAGAUGAAAACAUGAAGGCGGGCAGCGAGGCAUGGCGGUCGGCGUGCCGUGUGGUGAGGACUGCGCUGGAGGAGCACGGCUGCUUCGUGGCGCAGUUCGACAAGGUUAGCCAGGAGCUUUGCAACUCCGUUGUGACGUGUUUGAAGCAACUGUUUAGCCUGCCAUUGGAGACCAAGAAACAAAAGACAAAUGAUAAGCCAUUACAUGGCUACAUAGGAAGUGUGCCAUGGCUUCCAUUAUAUGAAUCUAUCGGCAUUGAUAAUCCUUUGUCCAUGGAUGCAGUGCAAAAUUUCGCCCACUUUAUGUGGCCCCAUGGAAACCAUACUUUUUGUGAAAGCAUCAAUGAGUAUGCGAAAGUGAUGGCAGAAUUAGAGGUAGUGGCAAGGAGAAUGGUGUUUGAGAGCUAUUAUGAUAUGAAGAUGGAACGAUGCGAAUCAUUGAUAGAAGAAACAAGCGAGUAUGUGUUUCGUUGCUUGGAGUACAAGCCACGAAGCGAGGGCGUAGAUGAGAAUGUGUUAGGGUUGGAGCCUCACACUGACUUGUCAAUCAUAUCAGUGCUUCAUCCCAUUAACAAUCUCAAUGGCUUGCAAGUUAAGACGAGCCAUGAUUCUGAUGAUCAAGAACAAUGGACAGCCAUUGAAGCCUCCCCCAACUCCUUUGUCGUCAUGGCUGGUGACGCACUCCAGGUGUGGAGUAAUGGAAGGAUAAAAUCAUGUUUACACAGAGUAGAAAUGAAGGAGAAGAAAGCAAGAUACGCAACAGGAAUAUUCUCAUUUUGUGGCAACAUAUUGGAGAUACCAGAGGAAAUAAUGGUUGAUGAACAACACCCCUUGCGUUACAAACCAGCAUUCCACCAUUAUGAUUACCUUCGAUUCUUUGACCAGCACAGAAUCAGACAACCUCAAACUCGAAUAAAUGCCUAUUGUGGAAUAUAAUAACAGGAAUGUUAGAUCAUGAUGAUUAGCCAACUUGCUCUUAUUUUGUCUAAGUGUGGUUUAAUUUAGAGGAGUUGUCAUAUACUAAUAUUUGACUCGGAAAUUAAAGCAUUUUAAA